GUCAAACACCUCAAUCAAGUGGGCAUCCCGUUGGGAUUAUAUUUUGGAAUCCAUACCGCAUACAAGUAUCCAAUGGUUCAGGUUCGUAUACCAUUGCAUGUUCACAACCUUGAAAAUAAUACUAUCGUGGACAUUGGACAUGACUCACAUGAGCUGCAUGCAGUAUUUUCAUUUCAAAUGCGUCUAGUGUUGUGGCAAUGUGUGUCCAUAAAAAAUGGGGCUAAUCACAUUGUAGCAGAAUUCAGGAUUUCUAUUUGAUUGAUGAUUCUUUUGCAAUAUGCACCUAAUUUUGCAAUAUUAAAAAAAAUCUUAAAAUUUCCAAGAAAUAACAAUUUAGUAUUAUAUGUUGUAAUACAUGUAUUCUUAUUUCUAGCAUUAUGAAUUCUCUGGUGAUUGUUCUCUUCCUAUCUGGCAUGGUGGCAAUGAUUAUGCUGAGAACCUUGCACAAAGAUAUUGCUCGAUAUAACCAACUGGACACCUCCGUAAGUGCACAUAUAGAUUUGGGUAAAUUUGUGUACAUGUUUCUCACAUAAGAUUGUACUUUCAUUCAAAAUUGCGAAACCCUAUAUUUUUUGCUCACAUCUGUUACUAAUUCACCCAUUCACAAUCUCCUUCCAAGUUGUAUUAAAGGUACUGUAACAGUUAUAUAAUAUAAUUAAAUUUAAUUAUAAAACAAGAUGCAUGGGCAAUAGCAGGAGGCUAUCUUUAAAACGGGGAAUCCGGGAAUCCUAGUGGCGACUUCCGAUACGCUGGCCCAGGGGCGUAGCGACUGGGGUGUGGGGGGAGGGGGUUAAUCCCCCCAACUGUGAAACUCAAGUAAAAAUCAGGUAAAAUUCAAGUUGAAAUCAGUUUGAGAUUUCAGGUAAAAUUUGCGUAAUAAAGUCGUUAUUUUCGUGAAAUGAUAACCAUUUUUGUAUCUGCGCAGCAGAUAUACCAUGCUAUCGAGUUUGCUUUAUCUGUUAGCUGUUAGCUUGCAGCCAAUCAGUGUCUAGUAUUUUAGCUUGUGAUCGUCCCUAGCCAAUCAGCGCACUAUGCGGAAAUGACUAUUCAGUGUAGAACAUAUAGAUCAGUGAGAAAACCGUAGAAUCGCAGCAGCCUGUUCGCAGGCUAAAUCAACAUGGCGGUACGUUUCGAGGUUUCGAGCUAAUUUCGAGGAGUACUUUAUAUAUUUUUACUCUUGUCGACUUGAACUGUGUUUGAAGUGUUUUUGUUUUUAGGUAAGAAUUAACGAAUCAUAAUCAACAAUUUUUAAUGUACUAAUGUGUAAACAAUAUUCAAUGAAGGCUACUAGUAUUUAAUAAACAUGAAUGCAAUUUCUACGAUGUAUAAAAUAGGAGCUAUAUUUCCAGCAAAAGUUUUUUAAUAUGUAUGGUAUUGCUACUAUUAUACGACCAAAAAGUUUGAAUGUGCAUGAUUGACCUGUUUGCUGCAGUAAUUUAUGUUCCUUGAAUAGUUUAUGUAUAUUACUCAAGUCUCAACAGUUGACGUUGGCAAAUCCAAAUGUAAUCCAUGCAUUAUAAAUAUAAACAAUUGACAGAAAAUUAGUUUCAUGUGAUUUUAUAUACAAUAAAGUUUGAAAAACUGUCAAAAUUCUAUGAGUAUGGAUCAUUGACAUAUAUAUGAUUUCAAUGUAAAUGUUAACUUCUAUAUAUAUUGUUUGUUGUUUAAAUUUGGAUGCUAUAUAUAUGUCAAUGGUAUGGAUUGUAACAACACCUGCUAUCCUGACCCUAUGGCAUCUAAAAUGUUUUGCAUAUCUCGAUUAUAUGGCGAUGAUAAAGAAGAUUGUCAAGUUAUCAGUGUGACAUCCCAGUUUAUGUAUCAACAUUAUGAUGUCACAACUCAGUUGACCUAUUAAGGAAACCUUUGUUACUGUUAUGGUAAUAAUCUGAAAUACUACUGCAAGUGGAAUUUAUAGCAGCUAUUUCAUUCAAUAUGAAAACUAGACCUGAAAACUUUGUUCUACUGUAUAUAAUAUAUGCUAGUGAUAUUAAUUUUAAAAGUAUUGUAUUGUAUUUUGUGCAAGUGUAGUAUUGUUUGAAUGGAAUUUGUAUUUCGUGACUGCAUGAUUAUUUGUUAUGAUCAUAAUCACAUUGUAAAAUUAGUAUUUUAAAUUAUCUUUCCCCUGUUUACAGCCCUGGUAGAUGUGUACUAUGCUUGAUCUUAAUACCUAAUUUGCUAUUAUAUAAUAAGUGAUGAAAUAUAUAUUUCAAUUGUUCAUUGGUGUCACACAUCUGUCUAAACUACAACAGCUACAAAAUACAGCAGCACGUCUUAUCUGUUCUAUCCCUAAACAUGAUCACAUCACUCUGACUCUCAUCAAAUUACACUGGCUUUCUGUUCGAUUAAGGAUCAAGUUCAAAAUUGCCAUGCUUGCUUUUAUAUGUAUCCAUCAGUAUGCACCUCUCUAUCUUGUCAAUCUUUUAAAAGUAAGAAAUACAUCCUGGUAUAGUCUCUAAGAUCUAACGAAGGCACAUUGCUUGAAGAUUAUAGUGCAAAAACAAAGAAAACACUCCGCGACAGAGCAUUCGUAACCUCCACUCCAAAAAUCUGGAAUGAAUUACCUAUGUUUAUAAGAAAUCUGCAUAACUUUAGUAUUAUUAUUUUCAAGAAGCCUUUAAUGUAAAUACUUCAUGUAACAUAUAAUCUAUAUAACCUUGUUUAUGUUUUUUAGAAUAAUUUUAGUGUAAUUAUGUUGUGAUGCGCAUUUGAUCAUAUGCUAUAACAUGUUAAUUUGCGCAAUAUAAAUAUUAAAUAUUAUUCAUUUCCUUCCAAGAAAAUACUAAAUCUGACUCCUGUUUUGCGCAGAUACAUGUACGCGUAGCGUACCUAUUUUUGUAAAAUACAGUGAAUUGAGAUCCAAAUCGUUUGCGAAUUUGUUUUAGAAAACGCCAGAAAAGCAGUCCUGUAGCUUGAAAAAUGUAAAAAUUUUCAGGGGGAGGACCCCCAGACCCCCUUCUUCGGAAACUUAGUAUGACAGUGGAAAUCAAUGGAAAAAAUUAUCUAUUAUAAUUAAUGCAUUUCAGGUAAAUUCUUAGCAUUGUCAUUGAAGUUCAAAUUUCAGGUAAAAUCCUCCAACACCCCCCAACUUCAGAUGCUUCGCUACGUGCCUGCGCUUGCCCUCGUGCUUUUUGCGACCACAGCGCAUGAACAUAACCUGUUGUUGGUAUCGGUAUUCGAAGUCGAACUUAAACUCUCUAUUUUCCCGUACAACUCGAACGGUCGAAGUCAUGAAAAACAUAAUCAGGCGAGAGCAAAAUACAAACUCCGCAACAUUUACAAAUAAAGUUUUAUUAAAGUAUAGUUUCAGACUUUCAGUUGUACAAAUUUAUCUCUGGUCUUCAGUCUUGGUUAGUAAAACUACACUUGGAGGCAGACCAUGAUUUAUUCGCCUUCGCUUUAUUAGCGAUGGCAUUUUAAAGCUUCCAUACACUCCAGACAUUAUGAAUGUCAGCAGGAAAAAGCGACUGGCAAACGUGUUACCGCUAUUAUAUUUGACAAUCGCAAUCACAAUCAAAGCAAUGAAAUAUUAUAUUAUAUGUAAGUGCCAACAAAAAAUGGCGACGAUGCAUACCGAAACUCUUUAAUUUAGCGCAAUCAUGGCUAUUACACAUUCGCUUUAGUUUAUAUCCUGCGUUGAAGUUUACAUUAAAUGCCCGUUUAAAAGUAUUAAACUGGGUUUUUUUCACGACUUCGUGUCCUGCAAUUCUGGUGUGACGUCAAACUUUCGAUUAAGCUUCAUUUUCUUUUAUUGCAUAAAUUGUAAAUUGAAUAAAUUAAAUUAAAUCCAAUAAAAUUUUUAUCCGAUUCCCGGAUUCCCCGUUCCCUGUUCCCCGUUCCCCGUUCCCUGCCAUAGCAGGAAGCGGUUAAAAUUUAUCGGUCAAAAAUAUAAUCCCAAACAUUAAGAAUUUACGGGGAAUAAUAAAAGGUCUCUGUAGAUAUUCUCAACUUUCUUUCAUGAAUUUGGUCAAACAUAAUUUUUUUUGCCACUUGCCUUUAGAAACGCAUCAUUUGCAGUCCUUGAAACUCAGGUCCGCAUUCGGCAGUGCCGAUCUAAUUGCAAUUAACAGAAAUUUUUACAUGAACGCACUUUUCAUAUACACGUUUUGUAGGACAACUAUAUACUACAAUUUUCAGUUGAGCGUGAAUGUGGUAUAUAGUUGUGUCGCAUUAUGUUUCGACGACAGUAUUUUGGGGGUUUUGUUCGCCAGUGAUAGAUAUAUAAAAUCAAUUUUUGACUUUCAUGUUGUCUAUUUUUUCGAAAAUGUUUGGCGACGUAGCUAGAUUAAGAACGAUCGUUUUCAGGUCGGCAAUUGCUGGCCGACUUGAAAUUUCAGGAGUUUCAAGGGCUGCAUUUGUUAUUAUUGUUUUCCAACAUCUCAGGACGAUGCGCAAGAAGAGUUUGGUUGGAAACUUGUUCAUGGUGAUGUUUUCCGUCCUCCUGGCAAAGGCAUGCUACUUUCUGUCAUGUUGGGUACUGGUACUCAGGUUGUCACUAUGACUUCAAUAACACUUGGUAAGAUAGGUUUAAACCUUCAAUGCCUAGAAAGCACAAUUUCUUGUGCUAACAUUAACGAGACUGAUUGCAUAUCUAAUAUGUCUCAGCCAAGAACUCAUAAUAUAUAUAGGAUAUUAGACGGUUGCGAAGAGAUAUGGAUUUUAUGUUCGAGUGGCAAAAACAAUAUCUCACGAGUGAGCGCAGCGAACGAGUGAGAUAUUGUUUUUGACACGAGAACAUAAAUCCAUAUCUUCUCGCAACCGUUUAAUGUUCUGUUUAUUAUAUGGACUUACUCAGAGUGACAAAAAUACACACAAAGACGACAUGUAAAUAAGCACGCGAAAGACCAGUAUAAAAGCGAUAUUUUUUAAAAUUAUACGGCAAACAUAAAACUAUAGAAUAAAUUUUACUUAUCUCAACAUGUCUUUUAAACGUUUUCAUUUUAUUUCCAAUGUUAAUUUCGUUUUAAAUGCGAACCAUAGACCAUUUGUAUUUUUAAAACAACAACAGUGAAAAUGGCGGGAAAUUUUCAUAACUUCGUAUGUCACUAGCAGGGGUGAAAUACGGAAAAUACGCGCACCUGGCCCCGGAUGUAGUGACGUAUGAGUUCUACGAGUGGUUUAGUUUCCAGUAAAGCACCAUUGUCCAUAUAAUAAAUAAUAAUACGUUUCAUCGUUUCUAACUUUCUUCCUUGAUUAUUACAUAGUGUUUGCUUGUCUUGGAUUCCUGUCACCAGCAAAUCGUGGAGCACUGAUGACUACUGUUUUGGUAAGCCUUCUUAAAACAGCUGUAUAUUAAGAACUCGCCUAAAUAGUUAUAUUACAUGUAGAUGUUGUUACUCCGAGUAUAGAUCAACACCAGCAAGCUGACUGAGAUUGGUUGACCGCGUUGAGAACCUAGCCCGCGGUCCUUCGGUUUCUGGUUCAAUCCCCUACCACUCGGAACAUACAGUAUAUUGCCUCUGUAUUCAAUGAGGCAGCUAUAUACGGAAUGAGAGAUACAACUACCUUAAAAUAUACGCAGAACUUCCGAUCGACAUUUCGGACAAAGACCCUUCGUCGGGAAAUUAGUAAUCAAUCCAUAUUUUCCAUAUAUCUGUAUUCAAUCCAUAUUUGUAAUAUGUGUGGCACAAUAGUUGGGUUUUGGUGGCGCUAUCAUCAGAGUAAGCGCCUUUCAUCUCUGAGAUCCUGGCUUCGAUUUUCCCUACGGACUCGUGUGAAAAGUGUCUGUCAUCGUUCUGCUGAAAGUCGUUGGUCUGCUCCUGGCUCUCCGGUUUCCUCCCACAGGGAAAGUUGAGAGGAUGGGAUAGAAUAACAUAGUUACUGUAGGACAGUAAUAUCACUGAAAAGUGUAAAGCCUGGAUGCAUGGGUCAUGGGGAGUAAGCCGAAUAACGAUAAUGUAUAUAUAUAUAUAUAUAUAUAUAUAUAUAUAUAUAUAUAUAUAUAUAUAUAUAUAUAUAUAUAUAUAUAUAUAUAUAUAUAUAUAUAUAUAUAUAUAUAUAUAUAUAUAUAUAUAUAUAUAUAUAUAUAGGACCUUAUAGAUAAACUAUGUGAUGACGUGUUUAACCCAAUGUAGGUAUUGUUUGUCUGCCUUGGUGGAUUUGCCGGAUAUGUUGCGGCCCGAAUCUACAAAUGUAAGUUUAUAUACGGUCGAAGCUGUAUUAAUCAGCCAUGCUUAUAAGGAAUUGUUUUUAGUCAAUUCAAUAUCAUGUAGUACAUAUUCAUGUUCUGUUUGUUUGCUCUGUAGUAUUUGGUGGUGAACGAUGGAAAACCAAUGUCCUAAUGACUUGCUUUUUGUUUCCUGGGUAUGUAAUAGUGCAAUUAUAGUAAUUUAUAAUUUUCUCGCGCGAAUCGACAAUAUUCUCUAAUUAGAGAUGAGCUGAUUAAUCCGAAAUUUGAAAGAAUCGGUAAUCGGCGGACAAUGAUGCUAUUUGUUUGGUUUCCUUUGAAAGCUCAGUUCCUUACCAAUAUGCUACUGAAGGACACUUUAACUUUUUUAAAAAAGAUUAUUAUUAUAACCGUAUGUUAUUGGACUCUUAGUGGAACAUACGUGUUAGGGUUUCCAUGAAAUUUUCAAGUUGCAAAUCGUCAACCUAACAAAUUUCCUACAUGAUUUUAUACAACUCUUUUUCAAUUGUUUAAGGAGGAAAAAAUGCGAAUAAACGAAUUAAUCUAACGCACAGUCGUCUAUUGAUGACUGGCAACAACGGUAAUCGGUAGAUGCCAAUUAAUCCGCCGAUUAUUCGGUAUAAUUAGUCUUCAAAUAAUCGACUUCGGUGAUCAGCAAUUUUUACGAUUGUCUCGUACAUGUAUCCAUCCUUAAUUCAAAUAAAUAUAUAACGGAUUAAAGUCCUAAAACCUUUGGUAGGUCAUUCUUAGAUUAGGAUUGGGGCUAGAAUUAGGAUAUUGGUUAAAAUGGGGGAAAGAAAUGGGAUAAAGAUUGUAAGGACAAGAUAUUGUUGAAGGAUAAUAAAAUUGUUCUACUGAUUCAAAGAAGUGUAACAUGUUCCUGCAUGGCUGCCAUUUGAUGUAAUCUACCGUAUAUAUAGUCAUCUUACUCUCACUAUCUUCUCAAUAGAAUCAUCUUCGCAAUUUUCUUUGUGUUAAACUUGGUAUUGUGGGCCGAACAGUCUUCUGCUGCCAUUCCAUUUGGAACAUUAGUCGCUUUACUUGCCUUGUGGUUUGGAAUAUCUGUCCCGCUCGUAUUUGUUGGAGCGUAUUUUGGUUUCCGAAAGCCAGUAAGUUAUGAACUGUUGCAGUAUAUAUAGGGUGAUUAUCGAAAUUUAGGGUCAUUUCGUUCGGUACAACUAAUAGAUGGGCUUUUUGUAGGUGGAAUAUUCGAUCAUAAAUUCACUGUAUAUACAUUUUUAGUCCUAUACAGGUAUACUGUAACCAGGAUCAGUUUGGAAAAAUGCAACACUAGUUUGAAUCUGGAAGGAAUCGAACCUGCGGCCCUGCGAUUGUGGUGCAGUGCUCUAACCAACUGAGCUACAGAAUCCAGUUGACGAGCAUUAUAAACCACAAUUUGCAUGCGAAUAUUCCAUGCAUCUACAAAAAAAAAACCAUCUCCUAUGGACCUUUCCCCUUAUAACUAAAAUUUUGAUCUAGACAAAAAUUUCAUCACAUGCAGCUUGAAAGAGCAUCACAAAAUUAGUAAUAUUCCAAAGUUUCGUUGCGAAAUGUUGUAAAAUGAGGAUAAUAUAGCCUUGCGAAAUUUGCCGUUUUUCAGUCAUUUUGUAUUACGCAUGGGAAAUUGACAGCUCAAUCGGGUGUUGGGACAUCAAUUCCCCGUUUGUAAUACAAAAUGACUGAAAAUUGCAAAUUUCGCAGGGCUAUAUUAUCCGCAUUUUACAACAUUUCGCAACGAAACUUCGGAAUAUUACUAAUUUUGUGAUGCUCUUUCAAGCUGUGAUGAAAUGUUUGUCUAGACUUGUCUAGAUCAAAAUUUUAGUUAUAAGGGGAAAGGUCCAUUGGUUUCAAGAUGUUACACAUGGUGAUAUAAACUUAAUAUGUAAUUGGCACCAGCCUUGGGUGGGACCGGAUUCCUUUCUUUAGCCACAAGACAGUGCUAUCGACACUUACAAUAUAUGUGAGCAAGUACUUUAAAUAAUGACAAAUAUUUUCAUAUUUUCUUAUGAACGACCUAAUUACUUUGACAAUUGCCAUUACCUUUAGCCACCAUGUAUUUAGCCUGUGGAACGCAGUCUACCAUCUCACUAAGUGACACGCACUUAUAUCUACAAACAUGCAAUGCUAAAAUAUUCCUACAUGUAAAAGUACUCAAUGGUUAUUUUUUCCAGGUGAUUGAAUUACCAGUACGUACAAACCAAAUCCCUCGUCAGAUUCCAGAACAGGUAGAGUAUUCUACUACAUACACUAAUAAAUUGUAAUGGUGUCCUUGGAAUUUUUCCCUAAGGACGCUAUGGAAUCAUAACAGCAAAACUACAUUACUGUACAUAAUACAUAUCUGACUGCGCCUCUCUAUACAAUACAUAUCUGAACGCGCCUUUCUACAGGGGCGUCUAUGGGCUCGUAAAAGCCCCAACAUGAUGGACUGCCGUCUAAUUUUUUACCUCGUAUCAAAGUUUUCCCUUUCACACUCGUGUUAUAGCACAUUCAUGUUAUAUGUAUACUUAGAUCGUGUACGUCAGCAAUUACUUUGUGUACUUCAGUCGAUCUAUUCUCGUUUUUCAAGACAUCAAAUACAUGUGUGUUAAAUGUAUUUUAACAUCUUAUUCUAUGUUGCUAGAGUUUCUACAGUCGCGCAGUUCCCGGAAUAACCAUGGGAGGUGUUUUGCCAUUUGGUUGUAUUUUCAUUCAGCUUUUCUUUGUCCUCAAUAGCAUCUGGUGAGCCCAAAUCAUCGUAAUUGAAUAUUUUUCCGAGGUUCCUUCUCGCAUAUACAUGUAACUUCGUUGUAAAUUCUAUUAUUGAAUGCAUAGCAAGAAAUAAUAUUUUUGUUUCUGGGAUCCUAAGUUUUGGAGUCAAAGUUUUCUGCCAAGCUCACUAAUAUUCUUCCUAAUUAUUUAUUUUAUGUGCCUGUGUUAGCAUUAUGCAAUGUCCUAAAACAUUUUGCCAACUAAAGGCGGAUUUCCAGUCCUUGCACGAAGUUCCUCGCUGCGAGUGCAUGCAUGAGCACUUUCAUCCAAUCACAAUGCUAAACAGUUAAUUUUAAUUAGAUGCAAGCACUCGCAGCGAGUUGCGAGGAGCUUCGUGCGAGGACUGGAAAUCCGCCUUAAGCCAGGUCUGAAAAUUUCCUGGAACCCUAGGGCGCUUUUCAUUUAAUGGCCUGACCGGUCAGACCCGAAUUUUUGUAUCUGUAUUAGAUCUGGUCUAUGUUUCUCGAACAUCUAGCGAAAAUGGACCUCAUUCUAAUUUUAUCUAAGUUUUCCGGUCAGGUAGGUCCGAGGCCCAAACGUUUUGUGUCCCAUUCAACAAUUUGACCGUUCUGACCGGUUUGGCCGUGUUAAUGAAAAGUGCCCCUAGAUGCCAGGAUCCACUAUUAUUUCCUGCUACCCAUAGUAUAACUAUUGUAUUGUCUGUAUGAGGAUGUUUGCUCAUUUGAGGACUAAGGAGUUGUUAUUAGAUAGUAGUUAAGGGAAUCCAGAUAGUUGUAAAAACAAGGGAUGGGUUUUGUACUUUCAUUAAAGUGUUACAGGAGAGCCUGCAGAUAGGGCACUUUCUCUUUUUCGGAAAGAACCCUCAAUACGAAUGUGCUCUAUACACAGUAAUAUAACAUAAUUUUUCAUUUUGUUCUAAAGGUCGCAUCAAAUCUAUUACAUGUUUGGUUUUCUUUUGCUUGUCUCCGCAAUAUUGAUGAUAACAGUUUCAGAAACUUGUAUUCUACUUUGCUACUUCCAUCUGUGUGCCGAGGUAAGAAGUAGAACUGUUGAAUUCUAACUUUGUGUACAUUUAAGUAUCACAGGCUAGACUACUCGUCCUAUUGUGAAUUUCUAUUGAAAUGAAAUUCUCCUACGAUGGACCUCAUUUUUUUGAAAAAAGUGGUGUUUAAAGUGCUGCUGCAACGAAUUUCUCGACCUAUACUUUUUACUUUAAUUAAAUUUGACCAUCAUACGAUGUCUAGAAGUUGCCACAUUUUGCCUCUCAAAUUGGUUAUCGCAUGCGAUAUGUUGAUGCCGUGUGACGUCAUAAGUUGAACGGAUAUGGAGACUGCAGGGGCGUUUGUAGAGAAUUAUACAGCGCUUCGAUCAAUAAUAUAUCGCUGUGGAAUUUUGCCAGAUUUACUUAUUUUCCCCAGAAAAUCACAAGUUCUGUACCUUGUUUGACGACGGUUCAACUCAUGUUUAACUGUAUGACAUCAAGGGCAUCAUGGCGGAGCAAAAUUUGGCGGAACAAAACUUCGCAUAGAAAGUGCAAAAAAUGAGUUCGAAUAGGCCAAUUUUAAUUCUGUUUGUGACAAGCAGGUAACGAUGGAAUCUACUUAUUUAAGCUAAAAAAGCAAGUCAAAAAUAUUGUUGCAGUAUAGCACUUUAAAGUAAGCUUAAAUAAAAAAACAUAUUUCUAACCUUGUGUUGUCUUCGUAGGACUAUCAUUGGUGGUGGAGGUCUUACCUUACCGGUGCAUGUACAGCAAUAUAUCUCUUCAUGUAUUCAAUCUAUUAUUUCCAUAAACUGACUAUAGUUGGAACUACCAGCUCAGUCUUAUACUUCGGGUAUACUUCCAUUAUGGUUAUACUCUUCUUCCUCUAUACAGGUAUGGAAAUAUAUUGCAAUUGAUGACGUCUUGCGUAAAAUGACAAAAUUUGUUUAUACCCCAUUCACAACUUCAUGUAGCUCACGUUCUUGCAUACCAAUGCAAUUCACAGUAGCGUAGCAUAGUUGCAUGUAUAUAUUAUACAGUAGCGUAGUAUAGCUCUAUGUUAUAUGUAUAUAACUCUGUGUAUUAACAUUACCUGCUGCGUGUUCAUACCCAAACAGUCGGGUUAUUUUGUAUGAAAUACCCCCUAUUCGUAAGAACUCGUCUUGGCGCAAAUACCAGUUGUAUUGUUUUGCAACUAUGGCAUAGCCGGGGGUUUUGAAAACCGAGUCGUUGAUGGUGUUCAUUUUCAUAGUUUUUGAUUCGUGAAUUUAUGAGUUGGAGAUGGAUUUUAUAAACAGUGGUGGACACUAGAGGGCAACCGCCCACCCACCCCGAAUAACUUGUGAAAGCGUUUGAGUUAUAGAUGAACAACUGUAACAAAAAUGUAACAAUCAUUUUUCAACCAUGAAAGAAUUGGUAGGCUACAAAUUUUAAUUCGUACGCAAAUCACAUGUUUUCCUACCAAGCUGAACAAUAAUUACGUACAAAACAGCGAUUUGACAAGUUCGAUGUUAUGUCUUGCUGAAUGUUAAGGACGAAUUUUAUCACCUAAUAAUGACGUCAAUUGUCGUUUGUCGCAUAUUUUCCAAAUAUCAAGGUGGAUGUAAAUCAGCCUGACAAUACUUGAAUGUUUGAAUAAAUUUCUUAUUUUAUUUGGCAGGAACUAUCGGAUUCUUCGCUUGCUUUUUCUUCGUCCGCAAGAUCUAUGGUGCUGUCAAGGUCGAUUAACAAGGACAUGUUUGUAUCAAUACUUUACUGGAAACAAGUAUUUCACUUAGGUUAUAGUUUGGCUAAUGUAAUAAAGUGUCUGGGAAAUUUUCAUGUUUAUACACGUACUCAUUCAAUAACUGUAUUAUUUUCCUCUAAUCAAGAAGAAUGUUUCGUGUGCAUGUGAAAAUUUCAAUUUUUUAAUAGGUCAACGCAAAAGUUUUGACAUACGUAACACAUGGUGAUCAAUUCUAAAGGAAAAGGCAGUCAUUGGGAGUGGCUAAAUUGUCCACUAAGCCAAGUAUAAAUUAAACAACUGUUUUGCGUUUCCGCCCGCUUCCUUUUAUUAGCCGCUUCGGUUUUUUCUUUUCUUUCGAGAAACAUUUAUUUUUUACUUGGCUCUGUCUACAUUGACCUUUUUGUUUCUUGGCAUCAAAUCCUAACCAGAUCUGGAGAAAGUGUAUAAUGUUCCUCGGAUCUUGAAUUUGCCUUUUUCAAAUUUUUCGCAAAGUGCGUAAAAUCAAUAGAAAAUUUGACCGUACAUUACGCCAUUUGUAUGCAACAACAAAGUAUUCUUGAUUGUCUUUAUGUUAUACAUGUCUCAAAUGACAGAUAAGGAAGUAUGAUUUAACGAUUCCUUGCAGUUCUUCCGUAACGUAUGUGUGAAAAAAUGAAAGUGUUCCUCACUCUUCUUGCUAAGGCAAAUGUUGCUCUGGAUCCAGGAUUCCACUUCUUUCAAGGUCUGGGGCCGGUUGUUCAAAAGCCGAUUAGCUUAACUCUAAGUUAACCUAAAUAUCAAAGCAAAUUUACCAUAAGCGUGUUUAUAAAUUUGGAAAUAUUUCUUUAGAAUCAAUAGGAAUUUCUUCCCAGAAGUUUCGAAAUCAACACAGAAAUACACAAACUAAAACAGUGGGUGAAAUUUUUACCAAGGGUUGGCGCUAAAUUAAUUCAGGUUUGAACAACCAACCCCCCGGUCUUAACUCCCAUAAGUGGCAAUACCAACCUCGCAAGCAAGGGUCUUUACUUCCGUUCGCUACGGCGCUGAAGACCCUGGCUUGCGAGGUUGUGACAAUACAUUCGAAGUUGAGCACUAUGUGUUGCACCCCACCUGUAACCAAAAAAUGUUAUGCAUUUUCAGACACUGUAUUAUAAUGACGAGGGUUAAGCAAAUCAUACAAGAGAUUGGGGCCUGAGUAUACAUUAAAGCCUCGUUUACACAUUACGACUACAUAGGUGAAUACAUAAUUCUUAUGCUUGUGCAUGUCAUCGAGUAAAGAUAUGUUGCUUCAGCAAUCGUAUACGAUAUCGGUUCGUGUAAAUGAACCUCGAUGAUAUGUUGGCUUAUGCAUAUGCAUAUACUAAAGGAUAUUUUAUGUACUUCAGAAAGCGUUCUGUGUGAAGCGCUGAUCUCAAACCUAGAACUGGAUAGAGCAACCUUUUGAAUUCAGGGAAUUCAUUCUGAAGCCAGGAUAUUUGUAACGAGGAGAGAUUUUUAAAUCUGUCACAUUCCUCACGAAUCAGAUAUAGCUUCCCACACCUCUUUGAUGAGUUUUAGAACGUUUUGAAUACGAGAUAAUGAGAGUUGAGGCGGACAUAUUGUUAUGACCUCACUAGGCAAUAUUUUUUAUUCCUAUCGAUCAUUAGAAACUUUAAGAACUUCUAACAUGUCCGUAACACCGCUGUGGAUUUGCGCUGGUCACACAAUGCAUAAACGAAGCCACUGCCGACCAUAUUAACACAUGCUCUAUCCAGAUUUUGAUUUCUAGUUUUAAGAUCAGUGAGGCGAACAGAGAAAAUGCGCCGGUGCGCGAAAGUAUAUGAGAAAAGUCCGAGGAGAGAGUUUAAUAUUCAUGUUAGUGAGUCUAUACACUACGAAACAGUACUCUAGCUGACAAGUUUCUUUGUGAUACGUAUUUAUUAUUACUUCAAUAAUCAACAAAUUUGUGUAGUCAAACUUUAGUAAAACGUUGUUUUAAUUUGUGAUCUUUUCAGAUCUGUUCUUUCGUA